AUGUUUACUCGUUCAUUGCUAAGAUCAACUGCUUCAGCUGCUAGAUCAGCUCGUGUUGCUCCAAGAAUCUCAUCACCAAUUUUCGUUAGAGGUGUUAGAACUUUUAAGCAAGAAGAUCAACCAAGAUUGAGAAUUGGUUCUACUGCUCCAAAUUUCAAGACCCAAACUACUGAUGGUCCAAUUGAAUUCCAUGACUGGAUUGGUGAUUCAUGGGUUGUGUUAUUCUCACAUCCAGCUGAUUUCACACCAGUGUGUACCACUGAAUUAGGUGCUUUUGCUGCUUUACAAGAUGAAUUCACUAAAAGAAACACCAAAUUGAUUGGUUUAUCAGCAGAAGGUCUUGAAAGUCACAGCAAAUGGGUUAAGGAUAUUGAAGAAAUCUCUAAAUUGAAAAAAUUCACUUUCCCAAUCAUUGCUGAUGUCGAUAGAGAAGUUUCAUUCUUGUAUGAUAUGGUUGAUGAAGAAGGUUUCAAAAACUUGAAUGGAGGUGUCGUUCAAACAAUCAGAUCAGUUUACGUUAUCGAUCCAAAAAAGAAGAUCAGAAUCACCUUCACCUAUCCACCAUCAACUGGUCGUAACUCUGCUGAAGUUUUGAGAGUUCUUGAUGCUUUGCAAUUGACUGAUAAAAAAGGUGUUGUCACUCCAAUUGACUGGGAACAAGGUAAAGAUGUUAUCAUCCCACCAACUGUCAGUGAUGAAGCUGCCAAAGAGAAGUUUGGUGAUUUCACUAAAGUUAAGCCAUACUUACGUUACACCAAAGUUUGA